AUUUUGCGCACUUUACCAUAUAUUACGGUACAACUACGCAAUGGACAUGCUGUUGAUAUGAAUGUGCAAGCUACUUGCUAAGAUAGUUAGUUACUUUCAAAAUCAUAAAGAUAUUAAUAGUUUGAGCUAGCAAGUUCGUUAUAUCAUAACGUUUGUACGGAUCAUCUGGAGUUUGAUUAGACAGCUAGUAGAAGCUUCGCUAACAAGUCGAAAAGCAACGACCGACUAGAUAGCAACAGCCGGCUAGCACUAACGCCUUAGCUACCAUCGGCUAGCUAAAAGUCAGAGCUUCACCAUGUUUCACAUUAGCUCACAGAAAAAGUACUGGACAUUCGACAAUGAAGAAAGUCUGGAACAACUGAGAUAUGAAGCCAACCAGAAAUAUCGCAACAAAAUGCUUGCCAGUGGGAAGCCUGGGGUUAGUGACGCCGUGUUCCUGGAGGCUCACGAGGAGAAUGUCCUUUUCAGACACUAUGAGAAGAGACUCCUUGACUUCUGUAAUGUUUUCAAGCCUGUGAUGCCCAAGUCUGUUGUGGGUACAGCGAUCAUGUAUUUCCGGAGAUUUUACCUGAACAACUCACUGAUGGAAUACCACCCCAGAACAAUCAUGCUGAUCUGUGCCUACCUGUCCUGUAAGGUGGAUGAGUUUAAUGUGUCCAGCACCCAGUUUGUGGGGAAUCUUCUGCAGGAGAGUGCGGCCGGGCAGGAGAGGGCUCUUGAACAGAUUUUGGAGUAUGAGCUCCUUCUCAUUCAGCAGCUCAACUUCCACCUGGUGGUGCACACCCCCUACAGACCUAUGGAGGGCCUGCUCAUAGACAUCAAGACAAGGUACCCUCUUCUGGAGAACCCAGAGUCUCUGAGGAAGAGUGUUGAUGACUUCCUGACGAGGGUCACCCUGACAGACAGUGGGCUGCUGUUUCCCCCAUCUCAGAUAGCCAUGACAGCCAUCCUGAACAGUGCGUCGCGGGCCGGCCUCAGCAUGGAGAGCUAUCUGACCGAAUGUAUGGGACUGAAGGAGGACAAAGAAACUCUCUUAAAGAUGUACGACGCGAUGAGACGGAUAAAAAGUCUCAUGAAAAAGUAUGAACUUCCAAAACCAGACGAGGUGAACGCUUACAAAGUGAAACUGGAGAGGGUCCAUGCUGACUUUGGCACAAACUCCAACAUGAAAAGAAAACGAGGAUAUGAGGAUGACGAUCAUGUAGCGAAAGAGCCCCGCAUGACAGAAGAAGAGGAGUGGACGGAUGAAGAUUUGGAUGACUUGUGAAAACAAUUAGUGCUUUAUUCAAUCUGUAUCCCUGAAUUGCCGAUUCAGCCGACAUAUGCAGCGUUUACGCUCUAACAUUGCCUUUAAAUCACUAACGCUGAACUUCUGCCAUAUGGAUUGAAUAGAUCACCCAACCAUUUUGCCACUGAAGGAUCAGCAAUCACCAAGGUGGUCUACCCAGUGUGGGGGGGAAAUCUGCCAUUAGUGUAUUUCCUUGUUCUUAUCAGGCCAUACAUUAUGGUCUUGUAAUAUAAUAAACCUAUUUUUGUACUUGUUUUAUGGUGUCAACCUUUAAAUACCAAAUGUGUUUCUCUUGUGAUAAUGUGGUAUAUCUGUAUGCUUGAAUAUUCCAUGGAAAAAGUUCAGGUGGGCAUCCUGUGUCUGAGCAGAGCUUCAAUACACUAUUUAACAGUGUGCUAUGAUACAGAGCUGCACUUCUGAAUCUCAGACAUGUGUUCUCAGGAGAAAUACACCAGUUACCUGGGGAAGAAAAGAUUCCACUAUCUACUUUACAAAAAAGUUUAAUAAGUGCAUGCAUGUCUGUUACAAUCUGUACUGCUGUUUCUUUGAUUAUGUAUCUUGUCUGGCAUUGAGACUAAACUAAACACAUGAUACAGUUGGAAAACAAAACAAUUCAGUUUGUCUCAAUUAUAUACUCAUGAUUCCAGCAAGAGAAUUUGACAUACUUUCUGUAUUAACAUUUCCAAACAAACCGAAAAAGAAAAAAAACACGACAUACAAGAAACGCUAGUUUCAGCACUUUGUGGCUAUUGUCACAACCACAAAAGGAAUCAGUCAAAUUACAGUAUAAAAAGCAUUAUCGCUCAUAAUCCAGUUAUAAGAAACAGGUUUGACUUUCCUCAUAAUGGAGAUGGCAAACAUGUCUUGGGUAUGUGAUGCUUUGCUUUGAAAUAAAAUCUUUGACCCUUGUAAUAAAAGGGGUACGAUACAUACAGAAUCAUGAA